CUUCAGCACACUUUCGCGAGUAGCGGCAAUGAGCGCUGUCAGCUAGCUAGGAUCUUAUAUUGACCUUUACGUGAUUGUGCUAGCCUGGUUUUUGCUGAUUCAAUGUAAAUGUAUAAGAAACGCCUGAAAUCUGGUUGAUUUUUUGCGUUGUGUCUCUAAGUCUUAAUUUGUCAGCCACUUGCUAGCAAGCGUUGGCUAGCUAUAGUCAUCCAUCACUAUGGCCAGUGCAGCAAACGCAAACCUAAACGCAGUACGGGAGACGAUGGACGUGUUGCUGGAGAUCUCCAGGUUGCUCAACACUGGCUUGGAUAUGGAGUCUCUAUCCAUAUGCGUGAGACUGUGUGAGCAGGGCAUCAACCCAGAAGCUCUUUCUGCAGUCAUCAAAGAACUGCGGAAAGCUUCCGAGUCCCUUAAGGCUUCCGAGAACUGUACAAACUGAAGAUAAAAACAGAUCACUUAAGUUUUUGGACCUUUUAAUGGGAUCGUGCCUCCUACCUGCAAGUGUACAUACAUGGGAUCGCCAGCUAAUCAGAUUUGUCUCCGUUUUGGCACUGUGUGUCUAAUUGGUGACUAAUGUGCUUCUCUUUUGUGUUUUUAAUGUAGUCUUCUCCUGAAAUGAGUUCGUACCAUUCUGUCUCAAAUAUAGACAUACUCCAUGUUUUUCCUGUUACUUCAGGCUAUAAUUGACUUUCUGCCUUAAUUUGAGUGCAGACUCGAUUUCUGAUCAUUAAUUUGUUUUUUAAUAUCUGUAAUAUAUUGUGAAUUGUUUUAGUUUUGCAUUUCUGUUUUUUCUCAACUUUUGCCAUUUUUGUUUUACAUGUGGCAGAUGAAGUGUAAAUUAAAGUGUUACAGUGAGCGGCCA